CCACUCCCCUCCCUCCUUCCCCGCCGCCAGUUACUGUACAACUAGUGCACACACACACACACACACACACACUCACAGGGUCCCGGCUGCCGCAGCUGCCAUGGAGAACAGCUAAAAACACCCAGACAGACAGACUGACAGUCAGGGGCAGAGGCACCCACCACUCCCCACCUCUCCAUCCUCCUCGCCACACGGCGGCCACGGCCCCUGCGGUGCCAAUCAGCCGGCCGGGAGCCGCAGCAGCCCCGGACCCAGCCCCCCUGACCCACCAACCCCCGCCCCAAAAAGGAGCCCGGCUCAAGCCCAGCACCCAGCACGCCAGGGAGACUCCGCCAGCCCAUCCCCACUGCAAUGUCCAAGGGCUUGAAGAAGAAAAGCCACUGGACGAGCAGGGUCCACGAGAUUGUCCUAGGCAGGAACCAGGAGGGGCAGCUGGGCUUUGAGCUGAAAGGGGGCGCCGAGAACGGGCAGUUCCCGUACCUGGGGGAGGUGAAGCCCGGCAAGGUGGCCUAUGAGAGCGGCAGCAAGUUGGUGCCGGAGGAGCUGCUGCUGGAGGUGAACGAGACCCCGGUGGCCGGGCUCACCAUCAGGGAUGUGCUGGCCGUGAUCAAGCACUGCAAGGACCCCAUCCGGCUCAAGUGUGUCAAGCAAGGAGGCAUCGUUGAUAAGGACCUUCGUCACUACCUCAAUUUACGGUUCCAGAAAGGUUCGGUGGACCACGAGCUCCAGCAGAUCAUACGAGACAAUCUCUACCUCCGCACAGUGCCAUGCACCACAAGGCCACAUAAGGAGGGGGAGGUCCCGGGUGUGGACUAUAUUUUCAUCACUGUUGAAGAUUUUAUGGAACUGGAGAAAAGUGGUGCUCUCUUAGAAAGUGGAACAUAUGAAGACAACUAUUACGGCACUCCAAAGCCUCCAGCAGAGCCAGCUCCAUUAUUGUUAAAUGUGACAGAUCACAUCCUUCCAGGUGCCACACCUAGUGCUGAAGGCAAACGUAAGAGGAAUAAAUCAGUGAGCAAUAUGGAGAAGACAGGUAUUGAACCACCAGAAGAGGAAGAGGAAGAAAGACCUGUGGUCAAUGGAAAUGGCAUGGUAGUAACACCAGAAUCGAGUGAACAUGAAGAGAAGAGUACAGGUGCCUCAGGUGAGAUUUCUUCCCAGCCUUAUCCUGCACCAGUAUACAGUCAGCCUGAAGAAGCAAAGGAGAAUAUGGAUGUAACAAAGCAAACAAAACCUGAAGAGAAUGAUGAGUUGGGCCCAUUGCCUGAUAAUUGGGAAAUGGCUUACACAGAAAAAGGGGAAGUCUACUUUAUUGACCAUAACACAAAGACAACAUCAUGGCUGGAUCCGCGACUUGCGAAAAAGGCUAAACCUCCUGAAGAGUGCAAAGAAAAUGAGCUUCCAUAUGGCUGGGAGAAAAUUGAUGAUCCCAUUUAUGGCACUUAUUAUGUUGACCACAUAAAUAGAAGAACACAGUUUGAAAAUCCUGUCCUAGAAGCAAAAAGGAAGCUACAGCAGCAUAACAUGCCCAACGCAGAACUUGGAACAAAGCCUAUGCAGGCCCCAGGUUUCCGAGUAGAAAGCGCCUCAUCAACAUUACCUAGGCCUAAACACGUUCACCCGCAUCCUGCUCCUCAGAGGUCUCGCAGUGUGAAUGACCUGUCUCAGUGUCGGCGGGACAAUGCUGGAAUGUACAGUCUGUAUGAAAAACCACUCUUCACCCGUGAUGCAUCACAACUGAAGGGAACUUUCCUCAGCACAACUCUCAAGAAGAGCAACAUGGGCUUUGGAUUUACCAUCAUUGGUGGGGAUGAGCCAGAUGAGUUUCUACAGGUGAAGAGUGUAAUUCCUGAUGGGCCUGCAGCACAGGAUGGCAAAAUGGAAACAGGUGAUGUCAUUGUCUAUAUUAAUGAAGUUUGUGUCCUUGGGCAUACUCACGCAGAUGUAGUCAAACUCUUCCAGUCAGUUCCUAUUGGUCAGAGUGUCAACCUGGUGCUAUGUCGUGGAUACCCUUUGCCCUUUGAUCCUGAAGAUCCUGCCAACAGCAUGGUGCCACCACUUGCAGUAAUGGAGAGGCCUCCGGUAGUGGUAAAUGGAAGACAUAACUAUGAAACUUAUUUGGAAUACAUUUCUAGGACCUCUCAAUCUGUUCCAGAUGUAACAGAUCGACCACCACAUCCCUUGCACUCCAUUCCAGCAGAUAGUCAGCUUGAUAGCACAUUCCCACCACCUGUUCAUGAUGAUAAUGUAUCAAUGGCUUCUUCUGGGGCCACCCAAGCUGAACUCAUGACCUUAACCAUUGUGAAAGGGGCCCAGGGCUUUGGCUUCACUAUAGCAGACAGUCCUACAGGACAGAGGGUGAAGCAAAUUCUAGACAUUCAGGGAUGUCCUGGUUUGUGUGAAGGUGACCUUAUUGUUGAGAUCAACCAGCAGAAUGUACAGAACCUGAGCCAUGCAGAAGUAGUGGAUAUACUUAAAGAAUGUCCUGUUGGAAGUGAAACUUCUUUGAUUAUCCAUAGAGGAGGUUUCUUUUCUCCAUGGAAAACUCCAAAGCCUAUGAUGGAGCGAUGGGAGAAUCAAGGCAGCCCUCAAACCAGUUUAUCUGCUCCAGCUCUACCACAGAGUAUUCCCUUCCCACCCGCCCUUCACAGGAGUUCGUUUCCUGAUUCAACAGAGGCCUUUGAUCCAAGAAAACCCGACCCAUAUGAGCUAUAUGAGAAGUCAAGAGCUAUUUAUGAAAGUAGGCGUCCAGAUUACAAGGAGCUGGAUGUUCAUCUUCGGAGGAUGGAGUCUGGAUUUGGCUUCAGAAUCCUUGGAGGAGAUGAACCUGGGCAACCUAUUCUGAUUGGAGCAGUAAUUGCAAUGGGCUCUGCAGACAGAGAUGGUCGUCUACAUCCUGGUGAUGAGUUGGUGUAUGUAGAUGGGAUCCCAGUGGCUGGCAAAACCCACCGAUAUGUGAUUGAUCUCAUGCAUAAUGCAGCCCGAAAUGGGCAAGUGAAUCUUACUGUGAGAAGAAAGGUGCUAUCUAUAGGAGACCCUUGCCCAGAAAAUGGCAGAAGCCCAGGUUCAGUGUCUACACACCACAGUUCUCCUAGAAGUGACUAUGCUGCUUAUGCUAACAGUAAUCAUGCUGCAUCUAGUAGUAAUGCUACACCACCAGAGGGCUUUACUUCACACAGCUUACAAACCAGUGACGUUGUCAUCCACCGGAAAGAAAAUGAAGGGUUUGGCUUCGUUAUCAUCAGCUCUUUGAACAGACCUGAAUCUGGAUCUACAAUAACUGUACCCCAUAAAAUAGGGAGGAUAAUUGAUGGAAGUCCUGCUGAUCGCUGUACGAAACUAAAAGUCGGAGACCGGAUCUUAGCUGUGAAUGGCCAGUCUAUCAUUAACAUGCCUCAUGCAGAUAUUGUGAAGCUAAUUAAAGAUGCAGGUCUUAGUGUAACACUUCGCAUCAUUCCUCAGGAGGCUUCCCAUUAUGCAGAGCUGAACAGUCCAGCUUCAGCACCAAGCUCAGAGAAACAGAGCCCCAUGGCACAGCAACACAGCCCGAUGGCUCAGCAGAGUCCAGUAGCACAGCAGAGCCCUGUAGCACACCACAGUCCCGUAGCACAGCCACCACCUCCACAACCUCUGCAGUUACAAGGGCAUGAAAACAGUUAUAGGUCAGAAGUAAAAGCAAGACAGGAUGUGAAACCUGACAUCCGACAACCUCCAUUUACUGACUACAGGCAGCCUUCAGCGGACUAUAGACAGCCUCCGUUAGACUACAGGCAUCCUCCAGUAGUGGAUUACCAACAGCCACCACCUCUGGACUACAGGCAGCCACCUUUAAUAGAUUACAGACAACAUUCUCCUGACACCAGGCAAUAUCCUCUGUCAGAUUAUAGGCAGCCCCAGGAUUUUGAUUAUUUCACUGUUGACAUGGAGAAGGGAGCCAAAGGGUUUGGAUUUAGUAUUCGAGGAGGAAGGGAAUACAAAAUGGAUUUGUAUGUGCUGAGAUUAGCAGAAGAUGGGCCAGCGAUAAGAAAUGGAAGGAUGAGGGUGGGGGAUCAAAUAAUUGAAAUCAAUGGGGAAAGUACAAGGGACAUGACACAUGCCAGAGCAAUAGAGCUAAUCAAGUCUGGUGGCAGGAGAGUGCGGCUCUUGUUAAAGCGCGGAACAGGCCAGGUUCCGGAAUAUGACGAACCAAACUCCUGGAGUUCUCUCUCUGCCACCUCCCCAGGUCUGCCGGAAAUAGCUAUUUCCCUUGAUGACAUAAUCUCACCAUUAUCUUCAUCACAUCUAGCCCCACUCUCUGACCCUUCUCACCAGAUAAACCCAGAACCAAGAUGGGAUAUCAAGAGGGAACAUGAUGUAAGAAAACCAAAGGAGCUUUCGGCAAAUGGCCACAAAAAGAAAAGGUUAGGAGAGCAAAGAGAAAGGUCAGCAAGCCCUAAAAAGGUAGAAAGGACAAGGCAUGAAGAGGCUUCUAGGAAAGGAUACUCAGAAGGCAAAAAAAAGACCACUGGUGGUUGCAGGCCCACCUCUGAAAGUAGGGCAGUGGGACAGAGUGUUACGAUCGAGGCUAGAGAAAGAGAGCAUGUAUGUGCCGGAAUCAAUGAUGAACAUCUUGAGAGAGCCAAGAAGCCAGAAGGCAAGAAAGAUGGAUCUCUCAGUAUGAAAGAAGGUCACAGAUCUGGAAAUACCAUGGACAAGAAUUCAGCUGCAGCUUCUGAACAUGUCAAGCUUGAUUUAGUUGGUGCUACAAAGGCGUACAGUAGCAAUAGCUGCAGCUCACAUGGAAGUGAUAUGGACCAGAACAAGAGGGAUCCUGAUGGGAAACCCAGUGAGUUCCCCAGGAAGGGACAUCUCCAUUCCAUUAACAUGCGCAGCAUCAACAAUACAGUUCGGAAGGCAACUGUCUCACCAGGCCCAUGGAAAAUUCCUGGCUCGGAUAAGCUACCUAGUGUACUAAAGUCUGGCACCUCUGCCAUGAGCAGAUAAAUGAACUGUUGCCCUCUAACUGUUUCACACUGAUGCAGAAACAUACUUCUUAGCUUCUGUCUCACAUUGAUUUAUUUUAAUUUAUUUUAACUCUCACACAUAUACACAAAAUACUGAGGAAUGGAAACAUUAAUGUGUAAUUUCAUGACAAUGUGCACAAUGUCUAAUAAGUUCAAGCAGCAUAUAGUCAACAUGGAGAUUUAAAACUGACCCUAAAGUCCCCAGUUCCAUUUUAGGGACUUUGGCAGCUAUGGAAGAAACCAAAACAAUACGAAGGACAAUAUGUCAGAGAAGGACAGUGCAGUGUAGCUUUAGUAUUUUUAUUCCACUGCAUGAAGGACUUGGAUUUAGUUCAAACUUUAUAUCAGGAACUGGAACAAGUCAGAGCAAUCCCAAACUGGAACAUCGCCUUAAAUAAACCUGCACGGAGCAAGCUGAAACUGAGGAAGGCUAUUUUAACUGAGCGAAGAUGUUGUAAAUAAGUUGUUCUCAACAUAUCUAGACAAGGGUUGAAGGGUUUCUUUGAAACUGUACGACCAUGACAUGUCUCCAUUGUUAACAAUUUGGAAUAGUCCACAUGAUACCCAGCAGCGUUGUUCACUUCAUGUGUUGAGUUGGGGAAUCGAGUGGAUUAGUUGGUGUGAUCGCAUUUCUACUGCCAUUUUGUGAACAAAUCAUAUUUCUGUACAUUAGAAAGGAGUUAGGGUGCAGUUGUAGUUGCAAAUUAUCCUCAAAAGCGAUUUGCCACAGGUUCCCCUAAUAUUACAAGUAGCACAGAAACAUCAAUUGGGCAAGCUCAAAACUGAGACUUACAGUUACAAGACCCAGGAUGAUUCUUAAAAGAAAAAAAAGCUGCAGUUUCCUCAAAAAAAAAGGCCUUUCUCUCCCACAGAAAACAAUCACAGUGCUAUAUUUCAUACAUCUGUACAGACUUUAGUUAAGGCAUCUUUAAGUUUUGGCAGCUCAGACGCUUUUAAUGCACACACUAACACAGAUGAGACUUGUUUCCAAGAUAAAAAUUCUUAGUUCAUUAUAUUUUCAUCAGAGGAAUUUUCUCUCUCUUUUAUUUCCAUCUUACUUGUUUCUCUGUCUCAAAUUUCAAGUCUCAAAUCCACCUUCCUGGGGAAGGAUUCCAAAUGACUGAGUCACCAUUCUGUCCCCAGUAGGUUUCUUGUUUUGCCAAAAAGCUCUGGAUAAUAAUACACUGAUUGUUUAAAAAAUGUUGAUGCUGUUUUCAGAAAUUGAUAGACAUUGGUAUGCUAGCAAACUCUGAUCUUCAUCUGCUCUGCUCAAGAGUCACAUUCAGAUCAUCAUUAUCCAAACAGGUCAGCACAUAACGAUAUGUCUCAUACACUGCACUAGACUCAUUCUCCCCUUAGAAUGUGUAGGCAUGUUUCUUCCUGUCAAAUUAUUUUAAAAGUCUCAAACAAAGGAUUUUGCAGCUUUUAAAACCUUUUUUUAAGAACAACUCCAUUUAUCAUAUUUUAAAAAGCACAAAUCCAUGCAGCUGUUGACAACUGUUAUUUAAUUAAAAAAAAAAUCUUUAUCCCCUGAACUAGAAAUCCAAUAUAAUUUGCCAUUAAUUUAUUGAAUUGGAUUUUGGACAAUGCUUCAGUAGUGUAGAUGCACUUCCUGGUAUCUUGUUUCUUUACACAUGGAAAACAAAUCAUAAAACCUAGAAAACAAUUGAGAUUAUGCUUGCAUAAACUCUAAUUUGCACAGUUCACAGCUACUCCUUGUGCAGUAAUUGCUUUAUGCGGCUGUAAUCAAUAACCUGUGAAGACAGCACAUAAUCUAAACCCCAUUCCAAAUAAUAUUUCUGUGUAGUGUUAGCUGUGAAUUUACCCUGUACAGCUCUCUCUCUAUAAAUAUAAUUCCAUGUAUUAAUAGUCACAGAAAGGCUGUAAGUGAGCAACUAUUUUUAUGAAACGCACCACUACGGAUAAAUUAACUUUUACAGAAAUCUUGUUUACUGUAUGAUAAU